AUGGUGCCGGAUGUGGAGCAGAUCAUCGAGAACAUUGUCCGAGGAGACCAGGACGCUGUGCAGCUCCUCCUGGACGGCUACAACACUCAGUAUGCAGAGUGUUUCUUCUUCAACACCGAAGAACAGGAGAGAAGAAAGCAUCUGGCUGCAGCGCUGCUGUGCUUCAUCACUAGUCAGCUACAACCAGGAGUUUUGCAGGUUAGCCUGCACACUCUUCGUAUCCUCUCCCGGGACCGGAGGGCCCUGGGGCCGCUGGUCACCGAUGAGGCCCUCUUCACCCUGGCUCACCUGGGAGGCAUCCGGACAGGGAAGAGUGAGGAGGAGGACGGAGAGGAGGAUGGGGAGGUGUGUAGGAAGGAGGCCCUCAAAGUCUUGUGUAAUGUCGUCUACAACAGCCCUCAAGCUCAGGAGAGGGCCAGCGCACUCAGGCUUCUGCAAGGCUUGUGGGAGAAUCUGAAGCAGGAGAUCUGCAGCAGCGAGCCGCCCGGUGGACACUUUUACCAGCUGCGACUGCUCUUCUUACUGACGGCGCUGAGGCCUGAGCUGAGGCAGCAGCUGAACCAGGAGCGAGGUGUGUCGGUGCUGACCAGAGCUCUGGAGCGCUGCCUGGCUGUGCAGUGGGCUGACGGCUACGAGUUGCUCAGCGACCCCUCGCUUCCUCCCGUCUCCAAGGAAACGUCCCAGGAGGUGAUUGAGGUCCUCAAGACUCUCUUCAACAUCGCACACACGUUCUACAGGCAGGAGCCGGACGAAGAGGAAGCUGCUCUCUAUCGCCGCCUUGCUUCUGUUUUACGUCACUGCCUGCUGGUGCCCUGCGAUGGAGAAGACACAAGGGAGGAGCUCCAAGGACACACAGUAAACCUGCUGUCGGCUCUGCCUCUCACCUGUCUGGACGUCCUGCUGUCCGUCCGACUGGACCAGACGUCCCACCAGUGGGAGGGAGUCAACAUGGACUGUGUCCACGCUCUGCUGCUGUUCAUGGACCGACGUCUGACCAGGGGUCAGAAGCUGAAGGAGAAGCUGACUCCUGUCCUGAACCUGCUGACUGAGAGCUCUCGAGUUCACAGGGAGACGCGUCACUACUUGCGGCAAAAGAUCUUACCUCCUCUGAGGGACGUCGCCAUCCGACCCGAGCAGGACGUCAGUCUGAGGGGGCAACUGGUCCGCCUCAUGACCCACGUCGACACAGAUGUGAAGCACUGUGCUGCCGAGCUGCUGUUUGUGCUGUGCAAAGAGAACGUCAGCCGAUUUGUCAAAUACACGGGUUACGGCAACGCUGCAGGGCUGCUGGCAGCUCGGGGCCUGUUGAACGGCAGGCGGGGUUCAGGCGACAGCCAGUACGCUGCUCAGUACUCCAGCGACUCGGACUCGGACACGGAGGAAUACCGAGAGGCCAAAGCCAGGAUUAACCUGGUGACUGGUCGGGUGGAAGCGGAGCAGCCGGAUCCGAUGGAGGGCAUGACGGAGGAGGAGAAGGAGCAGGAGGCCCGCUAUCUGAUCGGCAUGAUCAACCGGCUGUCACAGUGA